GGGCCCCACCGGCUGGCCCUGCUCGUGCCCUUCCGCGAGCGCUUCGAGGAGCUGCUGGCCUUCGUGCCCUACAUGCACCGCUUCCUCAGCAAGAAGAGGAUCCGGCACCACAUCCUGGUGCUCAACCAGGUGGAUCAUUUCAGAUUUAACAGAGCGUCUCUGAUCAACGUGGGCUUCCUGGAGAGCGGCAACGACACUGACUACAUUGCCAUGCAUGACGUCGAUCUCUUGCCCCUCAACGAGCAGCUGGACUACGGCUUCCCAGAGGAAGGGCCCUUCCACGUCGCCUCCCCAGAACUGCACCCGCUGUACCACUAUAAAACCUACGUGGGCGGCAUCCUGCUGCUCACCAAGCAGCACUACGAGCUGGUGAGCCCAUGGGUGCGACGCCCCAGCCUGUUCGGGGCAGGCUGCGUGACACCAUCGCAGUGCACGGUCACACGUAGCGCUCCACGCGUGGGAAGUGGGGAAAGGGGAAGAAAUGCUGUGGGGAUGGGGCUGCCAUCGAGCUGGGGGGUGGGAGAGGCGAGGCUGCGCUCGCGGGGCUGGUGCCCCCCUCUGCAUGGCGGCCGGGUUGCGCCGCGGCCGCAGCCGGAGAGCGGCGCCUCGAGUCGUACAGAGCCUUUCGGGGGGGGGGAAGGGGAGCGGGCCGGGUUCUCCCGCCGCAUCAAAGGAGCCGGUCUCCAGGUUCGCCGUCCCACUGGAAUCAAGACUGGAUAUGAGACUUUCGAGCACCUGCAUGACCCUGCCUGGAGGAAGAGAGACCAGAAGCGCAUUGCUGCGCAGAAGCAGGAGCAGUUUAAGGUGGAUCGGGAAGGAGGUCUGAACAACGUGAGGUACCGAAUUGAGUCACGGACAGCUCUGAGUGUGGCAGGAGCCCCCUGCACUGUCCUCAAUAUAUUGCUGGACUGUGACACGAGCGAGACUCCUUGGUGCACGUUUGGCUGAGCCGCCUGCCCCACGUGCCAGUCACUGUGCUUGUGCUGAGGCGCCAGGGCUGCUGCCGAGCCGCUUGACGCGGGCAGGAUCGUUGCACUAGGCAAGCAUAGAGGUGCUGGCAAGACACAGAGGAACAGAAAGGGCUGAGAACCAAUCCUUGAUGGGACCAAGAGAAGAGGCUGAGAGUCGGACUCCGUGGCGUUGCUGCAAACAGUGGUGCUGCCUCGUGGGGCAGGUGCAGGAGGCUGUUUUCCUGCACUGCAUGAGUGGCUGAAAUGCCACCCAGCUCCGAGGACAAUAAAAAACUGUCAGGGCA